GGAAUCAUGGCCCAAGUAGCAAUGUCUACUCUGCCCGUGGAAGACGAGGAGGCGUCCGAGAGCAGGAUGGUGGUGACGUUCCUCAUGUCUGCUCUGGAGUCAAUGUGUAAAGAACUCGCCAAGUCCAAGGCAGAAGUGGCCUGCAUUGCUGUGUAUGAAACAGAUGUGUUUGUCGUUGGAACAGAGAGAGGACGUGCUUUCGUCAAUACCAGGAAGGAUUUUCAGAAAGAUUUCGUAAAAUACUGUGUUGAAGAAGAAGAAAAGGCUGCAGAGAUGAACAAGAUGAAGUCUCCCAGCCAGGCAAACCGGAUGAGUGUGGAUGCCGUGGAGAUCGAGACUCUCAGGAAGACUGUCGAGGACUAUUUCUGUUUCUGCUAUGGAAAAGCUUUGGGCAAAUCGACAGUGGUACCUGUUCCCUAUGAGAAGAUGCUAAGAGACCAGUCGGCUGUAGUCGUGCAGGGGCUUCCGGAAGGAGUUGCCUUUAAACACCCUGAGAAUUAUGAUCUGGCAACCCUGAAAUGGAUUUUGGAGAACAAAGCAGGGAUUUCUUUUAUCAUUAAGAGACCUUUCCUAGAGCCAAAGAAGCAUCUAGGUGGUCGUGUGAUGGUAACAGAUUCUGAUAGGUCCAUACUAUCUCCAGGUGGAAGCUGUGGUCCCAUCAAAGUGAAAACUGAACCCACGGAAGAUUCUGGGAUUUCCCUGGAAAUGGCAGCUGUGACGGUAAAGGAAGAAUCAGAAGACCCUGAUUACUACCAAUACAACAUUCAAGCAGGCCCUUCUGAAACUGAUGAUGUUGAUGAAAAACCCCCCCUUUCGAAGCCUUUGCAAGGAAGUCGUCAUUCUUCAGAAGGCAAUGAAGGAGCAGAAGUGGAAGUACCAGCAGAAGAUUCUACUCAACAUGUCCCUUCAGAAACAAGUGAGGACCCUGAAGUUGAGGUGACUAUUGAAGAGAUGGCUACUUACAUGGCUGAAGAAGCUCUAGACCGUUUAUUUUCACUGCCCGAGAAUGAGGACAAUUCUGAGGAGGAAUGUGACAAAGAUGCCUUGGAGGAGCUUUCCCACCUUGGAGAAUCCGAAGCUCUUUGUGAUGGUAACAGUGAUGACAGUGAGAUGGUGUCAGAGGGUGAAGCCGUCGCUGUUGCAGAAGAGCAGGGUCAGCCAGGUGACGAGGGCCGUGAUGAGGGCGAGGAAGACGAAGGUGAAUGGCCCAAAGAUGUCUCCCACUUUAUACAGAUCACAAGCUCGCUUCAGCAAGAUGCCAGAGAUGUUGGAGAUGAUAAAGAACCAGACAAAUCUGUAGGAGCGCAUAAGGCGCCGUGGAGGGCAGGAGGUUAGAGUGACAAGUAAAAACUGGUACCCUACGACCGUAGAGGAGCUGAAGACGUUCAUUGCUGUGCAUGUACUGAUGGGCCUGUGCAUCCUGCCGCAGGUCACAGUAUUGAUCCAGUGACCCCAUCUUUGCAGCUACUACCGUGCCAGAACUUAUGUCUAAAACAAGGUUCGAGAAACUGACUGAGAACAUACACUGCAGUGACAAUUCAAAGGCUGUGCCCAAAGGACAGCCUGGACAUGACCGGCUUCACAAAUUGCGCCCUCUUAUCGACGCUCUCAAUAGCUGCUUGAAGGAAGUGUACGUGCCGUCCAGGUGUCAUGUCAGUUGAAGAAAGCACGGUGCCGUUCAAGGGACGUUCGUCAGGAAAGCAGUACAUGCCGGUGAAGCGAGGGUACAAAGUUUGGUGCUUGGCUGACACACAAACUGGCUUUGUAAGUCACUUUGAAAUCUAUUCUGGAAAAAAAGACGCCAGCAGUGACUCGUUCCUCUCUCUCGGUGAGAGUGUCGUGCUUGGACUUUGUCACACAUAUAACCAUUCUCGUAGGCUCAUUGCCUUCAACCAUUUUUUUUCAUCCUAUCGCUUGAUGAAAACCAUGCACGACAGGGGACUGUAUGCUGUAGGCAUGGUGCGAGCGAGUCGAAGGGGCUUAACCGGGGAUGCUGAGGAGGAAAGAUAAACUACAGCGGGGAGAAUCUCUGUUUCGUACAAAGGGGUGCGUGUCGGCAGUGAAGUGGCAGGACAGUAAACCUGUGAUGGUCUUGUCCACGUUCCACAACCCAGAGGACAUCACCACUGUCAGAAGUAAAAACAGAGAUGGUUCCUCCUCAGUAAUCACUUGCCCCAGAGCAGUUGCAGAAUACGAUGCGAUUAUGGGAGGAGUGGACCGCUUUGAGAAGAGGCGGGAAAGGUACGCCAUCGGAAGGCGCUCUGCUAAAUGGUGGCACCGGUUGCUGUAUUUCCUUGUUGACCUUGCCAUUGUGAACAGUUUCAUAAUGUGGGACUGUACUCACGGGGGCAGAUGUGACCAACUGUCCUUCAGGACUGCUCUCGUGAGACAGCUUGCUGUGGGCCGGGGAACCACAAGCCGAGGAAGACCGUCCUAUCUUGUGAAGAACAAGCAAGGCGUCAGUGGGGUGCCAGAGGAUGUCCGGCUUGUACAGGUCGGAAAGCAUCUACCUAUCAAGGCAACCAGAAGGCGGUGCAGAGAGUGCAGCGCUAAGAAGAAGCAGACACGAACAACAGUUAUGUGCAGCCAGUGCCGGGUGCCUUUGUGUGUCACUCCGUGUUUUCAGGAUUUUCACUCAAAAUAAAAUUGCAAAGAAAUACUUUUUUUCCACGCUUCAUUCCACCUAUCCUACCUCCGGAGUCCACUGGGACAUCUCUGUCCCACAUUAGUAUUUAUAAAAAUCCAUCAUACAUGACAAAAAAUUACCAACACUCAGCGAUUCAGUAUGUAUUCGAUUAGUGAAUCAGAAACAUCUAGUUUGUUUUUUUAUUUGCCAAGAAUAAGGUCGUUGAACAAUGUGACUUAAGAGAAAUUGACAAAUACAGCAUAGACAAGAGGCGAAAGAGCCAGAAUGAGACAGCUGUGGAGGCUGGAGAGUAGUUUUCCCUGAGGAUAACAGUGUGUGACCAACUAUUCCCCCUCCAUUGAGAAAUAUAAAAUAAACUUUAACUGCAGCAGGAGAAAUUUAAUUCCUUUUCUUUGCAGAAAGGUGAAAGGUAAUGUUAAAACACAAACUGGGACUCAGGGAGAUUGUUGUGUCUCCUUUAGGGGCAGGUGGGAGGAGACUCAUUUAUUUAUAAGGUGAAGUAUUAUGUGGACGUAGGAAAAAAAAUGAAGAUGACCUCUCAGUGGCCCUUCCAAGGUAUAGGUUUCUCAUUCAGAACUGAAAGAAAUAAUGAAAAAAAAUGAACCCAUUGCUUUUGAGUCUGUUCCAACUCAAAGCAACCCUCUAGGACAGAGCACAGCGGCCCAAUAGGAUUCCCAAGGCCAUGAAUCUUUACGGAAACAGGCUGCCACGGAGCAGCUGGUGGAUUCCAGCUGCCAAGCUUUUAGUCCUUAGCUGAGUGCUUUAACCACGGCGUCACCAGGGCUCCUUGAAAGAAAUAACAGUUAAAUAAGAAUAAACAGCUUGUUCUAGGUGAUGUAACAGGCUUGUUCUAGACUGGGGAAAGCCAUAGAGGGCAGCUGAGCACUCUUGGGGACAAGACACCUGAACACUACAAGUCCCAGUGAGCCACACGACUAGGGUGGGACUUGGCAUCUGCUUGUCCCUGGGCUUUAGAGCUGCCCUGCACGCUGCCCUCUUGGUGUUGUAUUGUGCUGCUAAAGACUGCUGCCCUUAGUGAGUCCCUGAAAUAAAGGGGACAAAUGGGCUUUGGGGUUCCCUCAAUUUAGACUUUCAGACCUGAGAAAGCACCAUGGGUGGGUAGAGAUGUGAUCGGUUUCGUUUCCACCUUUCAUGUACUUUUCUAGGGUAAUAAGUGGGAGUGAUCUCAUGGAGCCCCUUCUGUGAUGUUCGAGAAUUAGGGGACAGUCUUCCACUGAGGAGGGCAAACCUUCAGUGCUUGUGGCGUGGCAGGAGGCUCCUUGGGCACGGAGAGAACACUGACAGGGAUGAGGGUCGUGAUGGCAUGGCAGACGUCAUGGUGGUCCUCAUAAUCCCCUUCCUUGACCUCGUCGGUGUUGGGUGGAGGCUUGAGGUGGGGCAUUAACUAAGGGACCGAGUCAUCCCAGCUUCCCCCUUGGGCCUUAGUUUUCCCAUCUACAAGUAGGUUUGCCUUUUGCAUUCCCUUUCUUUCAAAUCAGGUGUUUUGUAAGUAAAGGUGAUGUUUUAGGCAGCCAAGAAGAAAAAAGGAGGUAUAGAGACCGGGUUCUUUACCGAUGGCCUCCCACUCCCCCUCUCCACUGCCACUGUUAGCUCAGUUUAGUUUUGGGGGCUGAUGUGCCCACCCACAUUAUGAUUUGAACCCUACCCGAGGACACUAACUUUCCCUGUCACUUGGAUUCUUUGCUCCUGAUGUAAGGCAAGAAAUAGGAGUGGUUGAAUGAUUCAUUAUAAUUUAUCUCCACUGUUGCCAAAGCUGUUUAAGGUAGAAGGCAUUCGUAGAUUAUGGAGAGUACAUGAUUCAGGAACAUCCAGGUGGGUUACUUUUCCAGGUAUUUUCAGGGGGACUUGAGACUACUCUUAGCAGUCCUGACAGGCCCCUGAAAAAGGUAGUCAGUAAUCCUGAGUUACCUGGCACAGAUAAGCUGUGUUAUCUUUAUGGUCAGAAAGUACAUUUGGGACUCUUUAAAAAAUCUGAUUGUGCUUAUUAGUAUUAUCCUUCCUUAUUUUGAUAGAUGAGAAGAGAGACUGUUAAAAUGAAGUCUUUCACUUAGGAUCAUCCCCAUGGCUGAAAAGACCCUUAGAUAUUAUGUAACCAACAUUUUACCAAAAGGGAAACUGAGGCCUAAAAUCUGGCAGUGUGACUUGACCAAGGGCUCUGAGCUAGUUAGCAGUAGAACUAAGACAGGUACCUGGGUCCCCAGUCUUCUUUCUUUCCACUAUAUUUCAAACACUGUCAUUGCCCAUAAUCCUUGUGGAGGCCCAGAAUCAUUUUUCCUGUUCCCCCUCUAGUACAGCUGGCACUAGUGGUAUGGUACAUGGGAUGUGGGCCUACUUAGAAGAAGCUGGGCAGCCAGUCCAAACAGUUGUCAGUCAUAUUGAAAGCCUCAUGGGAGUAUAAAACUUUUUUAAGGUACUCUGAAAAAUCUUAGGGAAGGCACUAGAAUCCAUUUGGAAACAUCAGAUUACAGCAAGUGGCUCAGUAAUUUGAGGUAAGUGAUUGCAGGUCUUCACUUCUGCUACCUGUCUCAGGCUCAGCCACACACGUGGUGGUAUCCACUGCCAGUUCUCUAAGGGUGAUUAUGUGUAAGCAUCUCUUCCAGGGCCAGGGAGGAGUGGGACUCACAUCAGUUCAUACGUUGUGCUAAUUGUAUAGAAUGUAAAGUGAGCAGGAUGAAGGAAUUAGAUGAAACGUGGGCUCGCCUUUUACUUAUGUUUGUUUUCAUGGUUUCCAAAUGAGCGGGUUUGCGUUUCUUCUUGGCUAUGGGAUCAUCUGGUUUCCUUCUGUGAACUAAUCCGUAGACGCUACCUGUGGUUCUUGUUUCUCGUGAAAAGCUGGUAGAAAAGAAUAAUGAAGAAAUGUCUGUCAUUCUUAAGGUGGAAUUUUACUUCUUUUUAAUAAUUUCUUGUUUGUGAUUCAGGAUACAUGAGGACAGACCUUUAGAAAAAUUGGUGAUUUGAUUUGGUUGAGUAUUUGUGUUGUUAGAAUCUGAACCAGGAAGCCUUACAACCUGUUUUGUUUUCUGCUGAAAAGUCUGUCUGCAUAGUUGGUGGAUUAACUCAGUGCAGGAAUAGAACUGGCAGCUCUUCCUUUUCUCUCGUAGAACAGCCCUGGAAUAGUAUGUUAGGCUUGAAGGCUCAUUAGGUGAAAAUGUGCCAGACUUUCCAAGAAUCCAGGAGCCAGUUCACGGGACUCAUUUUAAAAUACAUGGUUUCUCAUUGCCUACUUCCUCUGCAGACAGUAAUCCUUUUGGAAAUUUAGCUGAAAAGUAAACAAAGCAAAACUGAUAAAUGAUGGCUCUUAGCUCAGCAGUCAAAUGCCAAAACCUUAUCAGAUCAUCUUAAGUAAAAUCCUUAAGCUGUGUUAGGUGUGUUUAAGUCAUAGUCUAAUUAUGUCUUACUAAUGUCUUUGAUCAAUGAUAAUGAACCUCCUUAGUCAUCUGCUUUCAAGCAUAUAAAAAGACCCUUGCUUCUUGUACAGCUUACAUUUUGAAUUUUUUGCGAUCUCUUUACUAGAACCAGCUGAUUAUCCAUUAUAUAUUGUCCACAGUUUUUCAGUUUAUAAAUCUGAAUCUUAGACCCCCUUAGGAUCAUGCCAGGAAUUAUACACAAGUCCUACACGGCCGACUUCAAACUGAAAGUCGUUGCGAGGGCGGAAGAAACAAGCAACAGAGUGGCAGCCAGCGAGUUCGAUGUUGGAGAGUCAUCCAUUCGCGAAUGGAGGAAGGAGAAAAAGGAGCUGGAGAAAAUGAAUCCGCGAAAACGUGCACGUCGCGGGCCCAAAGCCAAAUGGCCGGAGCUGGAGAACGACUUGAAGGAGUGGAUUAUUUCUCGAAGGGAACAAAAUCAAGCCGUCUCUACUGUUGCAAUUCAGAUCAAAGCGAAGCUUCUGGCAAAUGAAAGAGGAAUCCGAGAUUUCAAGGCAGGUUUUGCCUGGAUUUCUAAAUUCAUGAAAAGGAAUGGCCUUUCCAUGCGAAUGAGAACCACUGUAAGCCCACAACUUCGGGACGACUGAGAGCAAAAGGUGGUCAAUUUUGAAGGGUUCUGGAAGUCGGAUGAUGAUAAUGAAAGAACUAAAAUGGCCUAUUUUAAGAUGAUAACACCAUUUCUUCUGGUGGCUUUUAUUUGUUGAUUUCAAAGACAUUCACUAUCAAAAAUUACGUUUCAGUUGAAGGUUAAUGAAAGCAGUAAAAUAAUAAACGGCAUCUUGUUCUUGUAGUUUUAAGUGUAGAGUAAUUUCUUACUAAUUUCUAGCCUUUCUUUCAUUUAUACUCUUUGGUUCCAACAUGGCAUCCCAUUUCCAUCACAAGCCCAUUCACUUCACCAUUGGUUGCACUUGGUUUAGAAGGAUACCUAACGUAAGAUACAAUGCAGUCGUCAUCCAGAUGGCAUUUCUUAAUGAGAUGGAGAAACAACUCACCAACUUCACAUGGAAGAAGAAGGGAAACUAGGUAACUGGGAGCUCCUAAAAAUCAAACACUUAUGCUCAUCAAAAGACUUCACCAAAAGAGUAAAAAGACAACUUAAAGCCUAGGAAAAAAUUUUUGGCUAUGACAAAUCUGAUCAGUGUCUAAUCUCUAAAAUCUACAAGAUACUGCAAAACCUCAACAACAAAAAGACCACCCAACUAGAAAAUGGGAAAAGGGUAUGAACAGGCACUUCACCAAAGAAGAUGUUCAGGCAGCUAACAGAUACAUGAGGAAAUGCUCAUGAUCAUUAGCCACUAAAACCAAAACCAAACCCACUGCAGUAGAGUUGAUUCCGACUCAUAGUGACCCUACGUGACAGAGUAGAACUGCCCGAUAAAGUUUCCAAGGAGCGCCUGGCAGAUUUGAACUACCGACGUCUUGGUUAGCAGCCAUAGCACUUAGCCACUAUGCAACCAGGGCUUCCCAUUAGCCACUAGAGAAAUGCAAAUCAAAACUACAGUGUGAUCCCAUCUCACCCCAACAAAGCUGGCAUUAACCCAAAAAAGACAAAAUAAUGUUGUAGAGGUUGUGGAGAGACUAUACCCUUACAUAGUGUUGGUGGGAAUGUAAAAUGGUACAACCACUUUGGAAUUCGAUUUGACGCUUCCUUAAAAUGGUAGAAAUAGAAGUAGUCUAUGAUCCAGCAGUCCCACUCCUUAGAAGAUAUCCUAGAGAAAUAAGAGCCUUCAUGCAAACAGAUACAUGCACACCCAUGUUCACUGCAGCACUGUUUACAAUAGCAAAAAGAUGGAAGCGACCAAGGUGCCCAUCAACGGAUGAAUGGAUAAUCAAAUUAUGGUAUAUUCACACAAUGGAAUACCAUGCAAUGAUAAAGAAUGAUGAUGAAUCUGUGAGACAUCUGAUAACAUAGAUGAACGUGGAAGGCAUUAUGCUGAGUGAAAUUAGCCAUUUGCAAAAGGACAAAUAUUGUAUGAGACCACUAUUAAAAGAACUUAAGAAAAGAUUUAAACACAGAAGAAAACAUUCUUUGAUGGUUACGAGGAUGGGGAGGUAGAGAGAGGAGUAUUUACUAACUAGAUUGUAGACAAGAAUUAUUUUAGGUGAAGGGAAGGUCAACAUACAAUACAGGGAGAGUCAGCACAUCUGGGCUAAACCAAAAGCUGAGAAGUUUCAUGAAUAUAACCAAACAGUUCCAGGGACAGAGUAGCAGAGGCAGGGGGUCUGGGGACCAUGGUUUCAGGGGAACAUCUAGGUCAAUUGGCAUAACAACGUUGAUUAAUAAAAUGUUCUGCGUCCCACGUUGGUGAGAGGCGUCUGGAGUCUUAAAAGCUAGCAAACGGCCAUCUAAGAUGCACCAAUUGGUCUCAACCCACCUGAGCAAAGGAAAUGAAGAACACCAAAGACGCAAGGAAAAUAAGAGCCCAAGAGACAGAAAGGGCCACACUAACCAGAGACUUCAUCAGCCUGAGAGUGGAAGAACUCAAUGGUGCCUUGCUGCCACCACUGACUGCCGUGACAGGGAACACAACAGAGAAUCCCUGAUGAAGCAGGAGAAGAAAACAUCUCGCAAAAAGACCAGACUUAAUGGCCUGACUGAGAUUGGAAGAACCCCAUAGGACAUGGUCUGCAGACUCUCUGUCAGCCCAAAACUAAAACCAUUCCCAAAGCUAACUCUUCAAAGAUCAGACUGGACUAUAAAACAUAUAAUGAUACUGGUGAGGAGUAUACUGCUUAGCUCAAGUAGGCACAUGAGACUGUGUGGGCAGUUCCAGUCUGGAGGUGAGAUGAGAAGGCAGAGGAGGACAGGAGCUGGUUGAAUGGACACGGGAAAUACAGGGUAGAGAGUAGGAGUGUGCCGUCACAUUAUAGGGAGAACUGGUAGGGUCCCAUGAAAAACUGACUUGGAUUGUGAACUUCCACUAAAGCAGAAGAAAGAAGGAAAAAAAAAAAAAAAACCUACCUUAAA